AUACCCUCCUGAACGUCUUCUUGGCUAUCGCUGUCGACAACCUCGCCAAUGCACAGGAGCUGACUAAGGAUGAGGAGGAGCAGGAGGAAGCAGCCAAUAAGAAACUGGCCCUGCAGAAAGCUCUGGAGGUGAAGGAAGUGAGCCCGAUGUCUGCGGCCAACAUCUCCAUCGCUGCUUUUGUAAAGCAAAAUCGAGAUGCACUCUCUCGCAGGUCGUCCGUCAACAGCAUUCAGUCACCCAAGGAGCAGCAGCGCUCGGCUAAAGCCAUGUCAGUGUGGGAGCAGAGGACCAACCAGUUGAGGAGGCACAACCUGAGGGCGAGCAGCGAGGCCCUGUUCAACGAGCUCGACCCCGAGGAGCGCCUCCGCAUGUCCACCGCCCUCCACCUGCACCCCGACAUGAAGACCCACCUGGACCGGCCACUCAUGGUGGAGUCCAGGAACGGCGACAAGCCCAGCCGGCACCCGCCAGAGGGAGGCCGCGAGGAAGCCGGAGACCCGCGGCCGGACGGGGAGACCUUCCACACCCACGGCAGGAAGCACCACCGCCACUGCGAGAGGAACGGGGACGGAGGGGAGGGCCGGGGAGGGAGGCACCACGCCCACCACAGCAGAGGGAGGGAGUACAACGGCGACAAGGAGAGGAGAGGGGAGAGGAGCCAGAGCCGAAACGGAGGCCAGGGACACCGACACCACCCGGCCGGAUCACCUGAGGAGGAGGCCGGCGACGAGAGAGGCCACCGGCACCAUCACUCCCAUCGUCCACCCAAGGAGGGAAACGGGAUGUUGGCCAACGGAGCCCAGGCAGAACGGAGGGGGAGAGGGGGAGGAGAAGGGGAGAGCAAUGGAGAGAGGAAGGCUCGGUGCUCCCGGAUGGCCAGAGCUCAGUCGACUCUGGGCGACGACUGCAAGAGGAGCAAGAACGGAAGCAAAGGUUACAGGGAGAGGCAGCCUGAUGCUGAGGAGGACGGCCUCGUCUGCAGCUCUCUGCAGCGGAUGAGGAGCAGCCUGAGUCUGGAAGAAAAGCAGGAGGACGCCGACAACCAGAAGAACUCAACCAGAGCCAGCCAGGCCGGUUUGAACAGCAACGCCAUCCACAUCCCCGUCACCAUCACUGCCCCGCCGGGAGAGACCACCAUCAUACCCAUGAACAACAUCGACUGUGACAACUUCCAGCUCAGUGAGGAGAAGAAGGAUCUGGAAGAGGAGGAUGCUGCUAAUGGGCCUCGGCAGAUCCUUCCCUACAGCUCAAUGUUCGUCUUCGGGCAAACAAACCCGGUGCGACGGCUGUGUCACUAUGUGGUCAACCUGCGCUACUUCGAGAUGUGCAUUCUGAUGGUCAUCACCAUGAGCAGCAUCGCUCUGGCAGCCGAGGACCCGGUGCAGGCCAACGCACCUCGCAACAACGUUCUCAAGUAUCUGGAUUAUGUCUUCACCGGAGUCUUCACUUUUGAGAUGGUGAUUAAGAUGAUCGACCUGGGGCUGCUCCUCCAUCCCGGCUCUUAUUUCCGCGACCUGUGGAACAUUCUUGACUUCAUCGUGGUCAGUGGAGCUCUGGUCGCCUUCGCCUGCUCGAGCCUCAUGGGAUCGCAACAAAGCGUGGCCAGGUGGGAACUAGGCACCAAAGGCAAGGACAUCAACACCAUCAAGUCCCUGAGGGUCCUCCGAGUCCUGCGGCCGCUCAAGACCAUCAAGAGGCUGCCCAAGCUGAAGGCUGUGUUUGACUGCGUCGUGAACUCCCUGAAGAACGUACUCAACAUCCUCAUCGUCUACAUCCUCUUCAUGUUCAUCUUCGCCGUCAUCGCCGUGCAGCUCUUUAAGGGCAAAUUCUUCUACUGCACUGAUGAAUCCAAAGGCCUGGAGAAAGACUGCAGGGGUCAGUUUCUGGACUACGACAGGGACGACGUUGCUGCUCAGCCCAGAGAGUGGAAGAAGUAUGAGUUUCACUAUGAUAACGUCCUCUGGGCCUUUCUAACCCUCUUCACCGUGUCCACCGGAGAGGGCUGGCCAGUCGUCCUGAAGCACUCUGUGGAUGCCACAUACGAGGACCAGGGUCCCAGCCCGGGAUUCCGCAUGGAGACGUCCAUCUUUUACGUCGUCUACUUCGUGGUGUUUCCCUUCUUCUUCGUGAACAUAUUCGUGGCUUUGAUCAUCAUCACGUUCCAGGAGCAGGGAGACAAGGCCAUGUCAGAGUGUAGCCUGGAGAAGAACGAGAGGGCCUGUAUUGACUUUGCCAUCAAUGCCAGGCCGCUGACGAGAUACAUGCCAGAGAACAAGCAGUCCUUCCAGUACAAGAUGUGGAAAUUCGUGGUGUCGCCUCCCUUCGAGUACGCCAUCAUGACUUUAAUCGCCCUCAACACGGUCGUGCUGAUGAUGAAGUUCUACGGAGCUCCAGAGCUGUACGAGUCCAUGCUGAAAUACUUAAACAUCGUCUUCACGAGCCUCUUCACGCUGGAGUGCAUCCUCAAGAUCAUUGCCUUCAACCCGCUGAACUACCUGAAGGAGCCCUGGAACGUGUUUGACUUUGUGACUGUGAUCGGAAGCAUCACAGACAUUUUGGUCACAGAGAUAAAUAACAAAAUGAUCAACCUGAGUUUCCUGAGGCUGUUCAGAGCGGCUCGGCUCAUCAAGCUGCUGCGACAGGGAUACACCAUCCGCAUCCUGCUGUGGACCUUCGUCCAGUCCUUCAAGGCUUUGCCGUACGUCUGCCUGCUCAUCGCCAUGCUGUUCUUCAUCUACGCCAUCAUCGGCAUGCAGGUGUUCGGUAACAUCGAGCUGAACGAGGAAACCGCCAUCAACCACCACAACAACUUCCAGACCUUCUUCCAGGCCCUGACCCUCCUCUUCAGGAGUGCGACGGGAGAAGCGUGGCACGAGAUCAUGCUGGCCUGCCUCAGUAACCGGCCCUGCGAUAAACUCUCAGGAACGGCGGGGAAAGAGUGUGGAAGCGACUUCGCCUACUUCUACUUUGUCUCCUUCAUCUUCCUCUGCUCCUUUCUGAUGCUGAACCUGUUUGUCGCCGUCAUCAUGGACAACUUUGAGUACCUGACCAGAGACGCCUCCAUCCUGGGGCCUCAUCACCUCGACGAGUUCAUCCGUGUGUGGGCCGAGUACGACCCGGCAGCCUGCGGGAGGAUUUGCUAUCAGGAUAUGUACAAAUUGUUGCGUUUUAUCUCUCCUCCCCUGGGCCUGGGGAAGAAGUGCCCCAGCAGGGUGGCUUAUAAGCGAUUGGUGCGUAUGAACAUGCCCAUUGCGGAUGACAACACUGUGCAUUUCACCUCCACGCUGAUGGCGCUGAUUCGCACCGCCCUGGAGAUCAAACUGGCAUCUGGGGUUCUGGCUCAGCGGCUGUGUGAUGUCGACCUGAAGAGGGAGAUAAACCGAGUGUGGCCCAGCUUGUCCCAGAAGACUGUGGACCUGCUGGUGACGCCACACAAAUAUAACGAGCUGACUGUGGGGAAAGUCUACGCAGCUCUAAUGAUCUUCGACUACUAUAAGCAGAAUCGUGCCAAGAAGCUCCAGCAGCAGAAUCCUUCGGGGGCACCUCAGAGUAAACUGGGAGCCUUGUUCCGUCCUGUGCUGCCCCUCCCCCACAUCCAGGAGGUAGAACAUCCGUUCCCCAUCACCAAAAAGCCAAUCACACCGCAGCCGGAGCCAGAAACCAAACUGGAGAUCCCACCAACCACGGCCCUCACCACCAGCACCAUGAGCAGGGACAUCAUACUAAACCAGCGGAGUGCCAUCAAACAUUCCCAGUCUGGAGACGUUUCUCAGGCCACGCAGAGGCCCAAAGGCCGGAGGAAGCUGCAGAGAGGCCAGUCAGAGGAUGUGCAGUACUCCGCGAGACCUCAGGAACAGGUUGAACUGAAGCAGGUGGAGAACAUCUCAGACACUGAGGGAUAUCCCGGCCUGGAGGGUCACGGCAGAGCAGCGUCUCUGCCCCGACUCAACGCCGAGUACUACCGGAGCCACCCUCGCCACGCCCCCGGGACCCACCUGGCA